AUGCCGUUCAUCAUCCUCCGCAUCUCCAUGAGCCACCAUCUGCAAUCCAAAUCAUCAUCCCCCAUCAUGAAACCUAUCUGGCCCGCCACAGUCACCUACCCCCAUUAUCAUUUCCGCACCAUAGAACCACACCGCCUACCUCCAAAGAUCCCCAACUCCAAUCCAUCUCCUCACCGUCCGUCCCCAAUCCAAUACAUUCACAACAAUCAUCACGACGUUCCUCCUCCGGGAAGGACUCCGUCCAUCACGACUGCCUCGAAUGACCAUCGCCGCCCCCUCCCGAACAUCCUCCCAACUCAAUCUGUAACCCUCCCAUCUCGCCCCGCGCCCGAUCCGCUCACAUACCCAUCCAUGCCAUUCCUCCAAUCGAAUCAUCCAGCACCCAUCCCGCAUCCGACACCAUCGUGCGCCCAGCUCUGCAAACCAAUCAUCCCUACGCCCGAGUCAUUUGCGCCGCGCAAUACAAUCGCGGCCCUCCAUAAUCGCCCUCCUCCAUUCUCCGGCCCAACCGCAGGCUCAUCCAUUCCGCCACUCCAGACACCCAUUCGCCACCGCCUACUGCUAUCUCUCCUGCGCAUCUACGCGUAUAACCAUUCCCCGCACGCCACACACUUGUCCCGCCCUAUCCUCGUUCAAUCGCCCCUAAUCCCCGCCAUGGGUCCCUCCACCUCCCCAACCCAAUGCCUCCGAUCUUCCCUGAAACUCGUAUCCCCUCUCGCAAAUCUUGCUGGCCCACAUGUCACUUAA